GGCCGGGACCAGGAGGGGCCACCUCCACCCGGAGGAGGAGCCCCGCCCGCUACACUUAAGCACCGUGACCGGCGCUGCCCCGCGGCCGGACCGGCCAUGGAGGUGGCGUGGGAUUUCGUGAUAUCGCUGCUGCGAUCUUUGAUAUCCAUGGGAGCAUCUGUAGGAGCCAUAACAAAACAGGCCCUGUUCCCUCCUCUUGUGCCUGCAGGGCGACCUUUCCGUGUGUCCAAUGCCUCCCGAAGCAGGAGGAAAGGAAUUGUUGCAAGCAGUCUGCAAGAGCUCAUCAGCAAGACUUUAGAUUCCUUCUUUAUAUCUGCUAGAAAAAUUACUCUGGUUUUAGAGGAAGAUGGCACAGUUGUGGACACAGAAGAGUUUUUCAAGUCCCUGGAUGAUAAUACACACUUCAUAGUUCUAGAAAAAGGACAGAAAUGGGCACCAACAAGAAAUGGAGUAGCUAACAUCACAUUUGAUCUGUACAAGCUGAACCCUAAGGAUUUUAUUGGCUGCUUAAACAUCAAGGCGACCUUCUAUGAGAUCUACUCUGUCUCAUGGGAUAUCAAAUUCAUGGGAGCAAAAAGUAUAUUGCGGAAAGUGCUUCAGCUAAUAUCCCAUGCAGCACAAAUAGCUGGACAGUUUCUUCUCUACACUGGAACGUUUUUGUUGCAGUUGAUGGGUGAAUAUGAUGAAGAUGACAUGUGUACAAGAUCAAGGCGGGAGUAGUGAAAACAGCUGCACCUCUGAUAUCAUGAUUGUUGCCAUGUUAACUGUUGGCUCUCCCUGUCAAGGAAUUGCAUUUAACUGACUUUGCAAGGACUUUGUAAUUAACUUUUUUCAGCUUUUAAGGACCACUUAUUCUAUUAAAACAAACACAUUUCUUGAAAGCAAAUUCUAUGAAAUGCUUCUAAGAAUAUUUAUCUUGCUAAUGGUGGGAGCACCAAAACUAAAAAAAAUAAAAUAAAACCAACUUGUAUAGUUCAUUAUUGCUUUUUUUAAGUUGCUUCUUCAACAUCUGUAAUACAAAAGCUUUUGCAAGGCUGAACUGUGCAGACCUCAAAUUCCAGCCUUCUAUAGCCAGAGACAAUUGUUACAGAACUAACACUCCAUAGUUUCCAAUGACACUACCUGGGAACCUAACAGUGAUUUGAAAUGCCAACUUUUUAUGAGUAUGCAAUGUUUUUAAGCAGUUGCUGCUUUGACAGCUUAACUUGAGCUUUGUCAAAACUUGAGCUGCUGAAGGUCAUAUGAGAAGCAGUCUCCAUCUCAGAGCACUUCCCUCCAAUGCAAAAUGCAAACUGCUGAACAAAAUAACUCGGCUUUGAUAUUUUCUCAAAAUGGGAGAAGUGUCUUGGAAGUUGUGUCUAAAAUUCUUUCAUUGCUUCUUUCACAGGUCUUUCACAGGCUUAGUAUUUGGGGGAUGAUAUUUGCUUCUGUACCAACUUCCUUCCGGAAAUAAAGUUUUGGCUUUGGGUCAAACUGGGCAAGUUUGUCAUUCUCUGAGUUGGAACCAGUUUGAUUGUUUUGGGUUUUUUUUUUACAGACUGCUUAGGAAGCAUAACUUUUACUUCAGGUGUAUAUGGUACACAGCAAAGAAAACCUUCAGCUCUAUCUACCUUUCAGAAAAUUAUAUACAACUGUUGUACAAUAUCUAGCAACACUUAAAAAAACUAAAAGCACAGGCUCUUAAAGGCAGAUAUGUAGAGCUAAAGCUAGAUUUUCUACCUGAUGUUUUUAGCUUUAGUUUUUCUUUCCAUAAACUCAGUUAACCUGCACUUGUGACUGUUGCAGACAAGGCUGGUAGCAGUGACACGUAGAAGGUGUGAAACAUGUUUACUGCCUCAUUGCUUUCACUGACCCUUUUUGCCUGUUGCUUUGCAUCACUUACUAACAAUGCACUAAGUCAUACUCUCUAGUUACCAAAAAAGGAAUUUUCACUGAAGUACAUGAUCUUGUUGACUCAGGCACUGUUCAUGUUCUGCAGGCAAAACAAAGUUGCUCUCUUCAUGACCAGAAUGAAGAAUCUAGUAGCUUUUUUGUCUACAUAAUUUAUCAUUACUUCAUUUCCUUCCUUUCAUAAACCCAUGAAGUUGUUGCUUUCUUGUACCUUCCGAUUCUUUCAGGAGAAACAGGAUUACAAGCUCUUCAGUCCAGGGAGAGAGGAAAAAACAGGGUCUAAAUUCCUUAGAUCAUUUGGAAUAUGCUCUAGGAAACAUCCUGCACCCCUUCCCUAUCAUUCAUUUCCAGAGAAGAGAAGGGUAAAGAAAGGAAAAUAGGACUUUGAGCUGAAAGUUUUUUCAGUGAAGUGAGUAGAGAGGUAGGUGUUCAUAAUUUUGGAAGUGUUGGAAAUUCUGAAUAUUAACUGUGAAGAUAACCACAUAUGCUAAUUUGUAACUGACUAAAAUUACAACUUCUAAAUCAUUUCAGCAUGUGUCUUCCUGAGAUAGCACUUGAACUAAGGGCACAAGCUUCUUCAGUAAAAGUAGAGUUUAAAGCCAAAGUACAAAGUAUAGUUUUUACUUGAUCCCUUAAGUUUUGUUAGAGGUCUUAAUGUGAUUAACAUGCCACUUCAAUUAUAUAUCCUUGUAGGGCUUAGAGUUUAUCACUGCUUUCUCUACCUUACAUCAUCAUAUAUGCAGUUAAGAUAUUUUAAGCAUGAGGAAUGUUGUUUUGCUAAAGGAAAAUACAGUAUUUUACCAUUUCACAAUUUUCAAGCCCAGUAGUUUAGCUUUCUAUGAAAAUUGAGAUGGGUGAAGAUUGUGACACUGAUGGCAAUAUUUUCUGCUAUGUGGUGCCAAUUUUAAGGAACACUCUCUGUGAAUAAAUAAAAUCACAUGGUGGCAUUGGAUGUUGUCUCUAUUCAUUUCCAGAAUAACUUAUUCCUGAAAUAAUCAUGAAUGUUAGUGAAUCUAUGGUCUGGCAGUUUCCAAAAGCUGGACUGUGGCAGUGAAGUAACUGGAUACUAUUAUGUGGCUCUGAACUCUUUACUUUCUACUGCUGACUCACUUUCUGGCCUCAGAGAAACUGUGCAAACUGUGUUUCCUUUCAUACAAAAAGAAUGCUUUCUUCCAUCUUUUACAAAAGUUGCAAAAGACUAGAAAGUACUGAGGACGGGAGAUAGAAGGGUUCAGUGAUCUCUGGUGUUCACUAAACACAGUGAGGAUUAAGAACCUCUUUUAAUAAUGCCUCACAAAAACUCCCUGCAGUCAUUUACCUACAGAUAGAGUAGUAGACAUUUGAUUGCAGGGGAAAAACUAAUUUAGUUUAGUGAAAUAUCAUAUUUGUCAAGUUCAGGAUUAGAUGAAGCUUGAGGAGGAAUAGCAUGCAAGUGUGAUUUGUCUAGUACUGUUCUAUCUAAAGGGGCAGUUUUGCAGAAUUUGACUAAUGGGCAGUUCCCCUCUUGUGGGAGAAACAGGUCUGAUUUCUUACUGUGGAAAAGCACAAAUUAGAACUGUAUUUGAUUUAGUGGCAAGGCUUUGGCAGUGAGAAGUGGAGGGAUCCUGUGGGCGUGGCCUCUGUGUAGUACAGAGCUGCUUCCAAAAUGAACCAACAAUUGCCCAAAGCUGAGCACUUCAAACCAGUUCGUGGUGUCUCUGAAAACAUAUUUAAGACAGCAUGAAAAAUUCUGUGCAACAGCUGUGAGAAAGAAGUGAAAAAAAUGUAAGAGAUAACCUGCAGACAUCAGCGUCAGAAAAGAAGGGAGAGGAGGUGCUACAAGUGCUACAAGUCCCUGCAGUCUGUGGAGAAACACACUGGAGAAGAUAUCCACCCAGCCCAUUGAGGACCCCCUCCCACAGCAGGUGGACAUGCCAUGAAGGAAGCUGCAGCCUGUGUAGACCCCAUGCCUGAGCAAUUUUUCUGGCAGGAGCUGUGGCCAAUGGGGGAUCCACACUGGAGCAGUCUAUUCUGAAAGACUGCACCCUAUGAAAGGGACCCACACUGGAGCAUUUUGUGAAGGACUGUAUCCUGUGGAAAGGGCCCAGAGGAAAACCGUGAGAAGGAAGGAACAGCAGAGAGGAACUAUUGUGGGCUGACCAUGACCCCCAGUCUGCAUGAACAGGGAGAGGAGGUAGAAGAGUUGGGAAUGAAGGAGUGAAGUUGGGCUUGGGAAGAGAGUGGAGGCUGGGGAAGGUGUUUUUAGUUUUGUCUUUGUUUCUCACCAUCCUACUCUAUUUUUAGUUGAAAAUAAAUGAAUCUUCCCUGAGUUGUGUCUGUUUUGCUGGUGUCAGUGAUUGGCAAGGGAUCUCCUUGUCUUUACCUUGACCCACAAACUUUUUCAUCUUGUUUUCUCCCCUUUUCCUAUUCAGGGGAUAAAGCGAGAGAUCAGCUGGUAGGUGCCUGGCAGACAGACAAGUUUAACAUACCACAAGCACAACACUCUAGAUGUAAGAAUAAGCAAAAACCCCAAGCUAUCUGUGCUAUCAGUGACCAGUAAAAUUGGAAGCAAAUCUUUUGGAGUGGAGUGUUUUCUGAAUGGCUUUUCACAGCAAUGGUUGCAGAGAAAAAAUCCAGUCAUACACAGGACAAGGUUAAUAUUUUCAGUUUAUUAACCUCAAGCUCAAGCAUGGAUUUUCUAAGGUCACCCAUCAGUCUAAAUCAUUCAUAGUAGGCCCAACUCCUAAUGUGUUCUUGGUGAGGAAUAUUUAUUAAUAAGUAUCAAUUAUCACUUGAAAAAGAACUUUGAAACAGUACUCUUAGUUGUUUCAUAAAGCAACUAAUGAAAUGGAACACUAGAAAAGAAAUAUGUCUUAAUAGACUCCAGAAUCAGGAUAAUACAUUCCAUGCAGUUCCAACAUAAAAUGUUAAUUGA